UUCCUCCUUUCUUCCUUUCGCUUCGCAGCGCUUCAAUUCGCCUCCAUCCCUAUCCACUAUAAAUAUAACCUCUCCCGUCUCCUCUUCUCUCCGUCCCUCGCUUCUCUCGCGCACCGACCGAACGAUCGAUGGCGGCGUCAAGCCAAGCGAGCCUUCUGCUCCAAAAGCAGCUCAAAGAUCUCAUGAAGAAUCCGGUGGACGGCUUCUCUGCCGGUUUGGUGGACGAUAAUAAUAUCUUCGAGUGGAGCGUUACCAUCAUGGGGCCGCCCGAUACGCUCUACGAUGGUGGUUAUUUCAAUGCACUCAUGAGCUUUCCUUCCAACUAUCCCAACAGUCCUCCAUCCGUUCGCUUUACAUCAGAAAUGUGGCACCCAAAUGUUUAUCCUGAUGGCCGUGUUUGCAUAUCAAUUCUUCAUCCACCUGGUGAUGACCCAAAUGGCUAUGAACUUGCUAGUGAGCGCUGGAUGCCUGUACACACAGUUGAGAGCAUUGUUUUGAGUAUUAUUUCCAUGCUUUCAAGCCCUAAUGAUGAAUCCCCAGCAAACGUUGAAGCUGCUAAGGAAUGGAGAGACGAGAGAGAUGCGUUCAAGAAAAAGGUCCGCCAUGUCGUCAGACGAUCUCAGGAAAUGUUGUGAGAAAGGAGCACGUCGGGGUCGUGCUUGUUUUUUCGUUGAACUAUUUAUGAUGUGGGAGGCAACAACUGUUUGGCAUAUUCGAUGCUAGACCUUGACAGAUGGUGUCAACAAUCCAAAUUGGUCGUAAGAAGGAUCCAAUAAUGUCAUUGCCAUGGUUCUUGUUAUCGUCUGUCAAGUUUUUCAUGAUUUUGGAGGUUUGACCGUGCUUUGUCUAACCAUAAUUUAGACAACCGGUCCUUCAAGACAAAAUGUUUUUUGAUCCCGCCGGAAGUAGGAUUGCAGCACAUCCAUUCAAUUAUCUUUA